UCGCUCCUUGUCUCUCUUUCUCCUCGGUUCAGCACAAGUUUCCUGGCUGACACGGAUGCAGCUGCGACUGAGCAGCUGCUGCCCCCUCAGUGGGGUGUGGGCCAGGGGGAGACCUUCAUCCAAGCCCCCUCUGUGCCCAGCCCGGGUGGGGACUUUCUCCGGUGGCUGGAACCAGCCCCAAGGCUCUGCUGACACCAGCUCCUGAGCCGGAGCCUGCAGCCCCUGAUUUCUCCGAACAUUUCCUCGGAUGCGGGGAUCAAUUCUGUGUGGACACUGAGAGAAAAGAAGGGGGGAUAGAUACAUGGCCAGGUGGCGACUUGUACUAGGAUUCCCCAUCCUUAAACCUGACCUGAUCUGCAUGGAGCCAGGGGAAGAGCUGUGGGCACUGGAUCUCCAGGAGAGGCACCAGCCCAGGUGAAGAACCAGUUAAACCAGCUCAGAGACCAUCUGGGAGAGAAGGCCAGCACUGGGAUUCGCACUGAGCCCUCGUGAGUUUUUCCAGGUCUGCCCUUCUCAGGUAGCUCAUCAUAGAACUGGAAGGGACCUCGAGAGGUCCUCUAGUCCAGUCCCCUGCACUCAUGGCAGGACUAAGUAUUAUCUAGACCAUCCCUGACAGGUGUUGCAAACAACACCUGUCCUCGCUUCAGGGCAAAUGUUGCCUGGGGCUUUUUACGCUUUCUGCCUGAAAGCAGCUACCAACCCUCACUCUGCCUAUUGAGAUGGGAAGGGAAGCAAAGCAGGACGGGUCCCCUCCAGUGAAGGACUGGGAGGUGGUUUUGUCCAAGUUCCCCAAUACAUUAUCUCAGUAUAACAGAUUCUAAAGCCAGAAGGGAUCAUCUAACCUGACCUGCAUAGCAGGGGGCAGAGAAUUCCACAUAGGAAUUGGGUUUUUUCCCCCCCCCCUUUUCCUCCCCCAGUUGGCGGGGAAUGUCUUAUACGUGGAUUCUCUCCGUAAACCAGGGAUGGCAACAAGUGUGAACGAGGAGGCAAAUCUGCUGUGGGGAAGCCCUGAGUCAGCAGAAGCUGAGAAAGCAGAGGGGCACAUUUGCCUGAGAGAAGCCAGCGAGAGUCAGGGCGGGUGGGAGAAAGAGGAGGAAGGAAAUCUUCCAGGGGGGAGAGAGGAUAAAUCUUUUCCCCCAGGAGAAGAUGUAAGGCAACUCUGGGUGCAGCAGAGAGAAGGGGAAGGUAAUGGGUCUAGGGAAGGCUUCAUCGAGAGUGCCCAACCUGAUGUCCAGUGGAGCGCCUGCAAGGGAGAGAAAUGCCACCGGUGCCCUGACUGUGGGAAAACCUUCAACCGGCGCUCAACCCUUAGGGCCCACCUGAGGAUCCACACGGGGGAGCGCCCCUAUAUAUGCCCUGACUGUGGGAGAGGCUUCACGCAGCUGGCUCACUUGACCCAGCACCGGGGGACACACUCGGGAGAGGAACCCUAUCGCUGCACUGACUGCGGGAAGGGCUUUGGGGUCAGUUCCCGCCUGGUGGCACAUCAGAGGAGCCACACAGGCGAGCGCCCCUACAAAUGCCCUGAAUGCGGGAAGAGCUUCCGGGUCAGCUCAGUCCUGGUGGUGCAUCAGCGGAUCCACUCUGGAGAGAGACCCUAUAAAUGCACCGAUUGUGGGAAGAGCUUUAACGUCAGCUCCAACCUCAUUAAACAUCAGAGGAUCCACACGGGGCAGAAGCCCUACAAAUGCACUGAGUGCGAGAGGAGCUUCAAUGAGAGCUCAGCCCUGAUUGCCCACCAGCGGCUGCACAAAGGGGAGCGGCCCUACAAAUGCCCUGACUGCGGGAAGAGCUUCAAUGUCAGCUCCAACCUCCUGGAGCAUCAGGGCACCCACAGGGGCCAGAAACCCUACAAAUGCCCUGAGUGUGGGAAAGGAUUUGCCCGCAGUGCCCACCUCUCUCAGCACAGCCGGACUCACACAGGCGAGCGACCCUACAAAUGUGCCGAGUGUGGGAAAGGAUUCGCGGUGAGGUCCCAUCUGGCCCAGCACUGCCGGGUCCACACCGGGGAGAGACCCUACAAGUGCGCUGACUGCGGGAAGGGCUUCACGGCCCGUUCGUCCCUGACCACACAUCGCCGGACUCAUACAGGAGAGCGACCCUAUAAAUGCCCCGAGUGUGGGAAAAGCUUCAAUCAGAAGUCGCACCUGGCUCAGCACUGGAGAACCCACUCGGGAGAGAAGCCCUAUCACUGCCCUGAGUGCGAGAGAAGCUUUGGGGACAGCUCUGCCCUCAUUAAGCAUCAGAGGAUCCACCUGCAAGAGAAACCUUGUUAAUGCCACCCCCCAGCUACUGGUAAAGCUUUGCUUGGAGCUCAGCACUCAUGACUGGAACGGGGCAGGUAAGGGCUUUUUCAGUGAGGUGGCAAUUCAAAACAACAACAACAAAAAAAACCAACCAUGUUGAGUGCCCCCAAAACACAAUGUUACAAAAAUGGGGGGGGGGGGGGGAAUAGAAAAGUUUAAAAUAAAAAUCUUGAGUUGAACUCUUUUGUGCUACAUGAAAUCUUUCAUCAGGAUUCAGAACGGCUUUAACAUCCUUUUUAAAAUUAAAUGGAAGGAAAGGUCAAAACCAAAAAUAAUUCUGAUUUGAAGAUGUUGAAUCUUUUGGCUUCCAGAUUUUUUUUUUUUUGGGGGGGGGGGGGGGAGAAAUCAGCUGGAACAAUUCAAUGAAACAGAAAAAAUUGCAAAACAUUUUGAACUUAGUGGAUCUGCAUUUUUCACAGAGAAAAGAAGUUUCCAACAAAAAAUGUUGCCCAGGUCAGCUUAUGACACUUCAGAGACUCCAUGUGGGGAUAACCCUGACUGAUGGGAGUGAUAUUGGUGACAUUCAGCUCCUCUCACGGGGUGAGUCCCAAUGUAGCAGCAGCCCAUCUCUAGCUGAUCCGUGACUCUGGUCGGCCGCUGAGACCUUGCUGCAGCCCUGCAGGCUAAGCAUAGGAUGGAGAAGAGAAAAUACCCACAACCUUGGUUGUUCCCUCUUCUGGGACUCAAGAUCCCUCCCCUCCCCAGGGGAGAUUCAUUCCCUGGGCUGCCCCCUUUGGUAUCAGAGGUGGGUAGGAAAUUAGGUCCAAUUCCAUCCCCAGCACUGCCUCCCCACUGCAGAAGUUGGAUGCUUAAUCAAUGCUCCAGGUCUCAACCCUCUUCAGGCAACCUUAAAACUGAAGGUGCCCUAGACUCCCUCCCUUAGCAAGAGCAAUUUCCUGGGGUGAGGGACUCACCUGCUUUACUAAUCCCACCCACCAUCACCACCAGCAAGCCCUAACUCUCUCCCCAUCCCAGGUCUUCUCAGGGUAUGUCUACACAGUUGCAAAACACCCAGCUCAGGCUCAUAGGACUGUUUCAUUGCUGUGUAGCCUUCUGGGCUCAGGCUGGGACCUGAGCUCUGGGACCCUCCCAUUCAUCAGGGUCCUAGAGCCCAGGCUCCAUCCUGAGCCCAGAAGUCUACAUAGCAAUAAAAUAGCCCCGCAGUCUGAACCAGCCAGCAUAGGCCAGCCACGGAUGUUAAGCUGCUCUGUAGACAUACCCCCAGAAAUCUGGCCCUCUAGUUUGAUGUCACCUUGCUGCUCUGGGUGGGGAUGGUGAGGGGUGGGGCUGGAUAAUACAGAGUAGCAUGAUUAAUUUGUGACUGGCCUCAGCAGUAAAAGUAUCGAACUGGGUUUUCCACCUGUCCAGAGUCCUUUGCUGGGGGAGAGGACAAGUGAAAUGAAGUGGAAGGCACUCUACUACAUUUAUGAUUCAAGAACCUGAACAGAAUUUAAAGCCAGAAUUUGACAGAGAUUAAAGAUUGGAAUGGUUCAGU